AUGAGCACCCCUUCUGAAAUCAGGUCAUUUGAAGACGGCCGGUCGGAUCCACUAAAGUUCAUUGAAUAUGAAUCCUUUGAACAGUUGACUCCUUUGAUCACAAAAAAUUCGCAAAGCCACACCAGCAAUGGCAGUGGUAGUAAAUUGUUUUGGGCCGUUUUCGGAAACGAUAAAAUUGCCGUGGUUUUAAAAUCCGUGAAACUCAAUGUUCCGAGUGAAGAAAAUAUUCAGGCGAAUGAGGGCGAGAACCGCGAUUCAAGUGUUAUCGACCCACUUGCAAACGAGUUAACAUUACUGUCCAAGCUUCAUCCUCAUCAAAACAUUAUAACUUUUUUUGGUUUGACCAAAGUUCCAGAAAAUGAUGGCAUAUUCUCGGUAACUCAAUACGUCACCGGAGGGAAUCUUCGACAAUAUUUGAGGCAACAAAAUUCUAUUUUGUCGUGGAAUGACAAAAUAAGAUUUUCCGAGGAGAUCGCAUCUGGAUUGCAUCACAUACAUGGCAUGGGUCUUUCGCACAGGAAUCUUCAUCCGAAUAACAUACUAGUACAGGAUGGGCAUAUGGUGAUCUCGGAUUUUGGUUGUUCGUCAAGUUUGGCGCACCUCAACGAGAUGAUUCCUUUCAUCGAACCGCUCUACCUAAAAGAUCAAUCCUAUUGCCUAGAUAGGCGGUCCGACAUCUACAGUUUUGGUGGGAUCAUGUCCGAGUUGUCAUGCGGUCGACCACCAUUCGAGUUGUUUGGGUCAAAUUAUCAAUUAUUGAUCAACCUCAUUGUCAACGGUGACCGAGACUCAUCGGUAAUUUCCGGUGCACCGAUCUCAUACACUCAACUAUACCGACGUUGUUGGGAUGCGGAUCCGUCAAAACGACCGACCAUCGAAAGUGUGAUGAAACUGCUUAUCGACAUUCGAUCGGAAUUCCCCAAGGUCCUCACCAAACCACCGGCAGACAUCCCAUAUCAAGCGAACCCACGUCACCAUGCCAUAAAAAACAUUCCAUCUUUGCUCGUACCCGCGAUUUCGCCGCGUGUAGAUUCCAUAGGAUGGAGGGAUUCGAUGGGUGAUUUUUCCGAGUAUGAUGUCAUCAACAAGGAUGAGCUGAAAGGAUAUUCGGGACCCACGAGAAAAGUAAACUCGGUACCUCUGGUUGGUGGUGUGUCACUAAAUUCACGACGUCGCGUAAAGGCACGUAGCUUAAGCUUCGGAACACCCAGGAAAUCUUUGCAAAGGGCACAUGAAAGCGCCCAUUUGCAACUUCAUCAUUCGAUGUCGGUGAUCGGAGGAAACAACAGCGAAUAUCUCAACAUAGGCGCAAACGCGCCGUUGUUUGAUAAUAACCAGCCAAAAGUAAUACUGAUCGCACGAUAUUGUCCGGGCAAGAGCAUCGUGAAAGUGUUUGACCAGCUAAAAAGGCGCAAGAUAGAUCUCACGUUACGCGAGGCCUAUAAAUCCAAGUCGGUGUUUCAUAGUUUAAUCUGGAAUGAUGAUUUGUUCGAAGUGACAGGCAUAAAUCAUUCUCAACAAAAACCGGCAAGGCACAACAACUUCCGGGCCGCCUUGAAAUGGUUGAAUUCCAACAAUUUGGAUAUAAAUUCCGUGGACGAUUUUGGAUGGACGGCAUUGCACGAGGCAAUCUGGAAGCGUAAAGAACCGGGUGUGAUAUUGGCUUUAUUGGAGAACCAAGCUAACCCGAAUAUACCGGACAAACUUGGUGCCACACCGUUGCACCAAUGCUUGGAUUUGCUGCGCACGACAACACGCGAUGACGAAAACCGACACAUAUUUACCAUAAUAAAGCUUCUACUGCAAUACGGAGCUGAUCCAAAUUCAGCGUUGCCGGACACCACACUCACAAUCUCUGGAUCAUCAUUGCCGAACUGUCUGUUUGCUGCGAUUUACAUGGACCUACCAUUGGAUAUCAUCGAACUGAUGAUCAAGCGAGGGGCGGAUACCACAUCAACAACAUUUCGAGGAUUACAUUUGCUAGAUUUCGCGGCGAAGAUAAAUAACUUGGUGGCAUUAAAUUACCUGACGAAUAAUAAGAACUCAUCGGAUACCAGCAAGAUGUCAAGUCUAUUUAAUUCGUUGAGGAUAAACUCAAGAGUGGGAUCGGUGGGUUCUAUUUCGAUUAAGUAUGAGAAAGGUAGUAGGAAGAAAAGGUGGAGCAUCAUACGUUCGAUAUAG